AUGGACAACUUCCUUGAUGACAAACUCUUUGACAACAAGCACUUUCGACGUCUCAUAGACGGCGCGAGAAGACUCAACCCCAUCACUAAAGUUCGGCCUCUCUACAAUCCCGUCACACCCCUUAGAGAUGACUGCGAACCUCAUAGACGACCUGAACUUCGCAACCGCCUGCCGGGUAGCUUUGCUGGGUUCCUCCGCCUCGGAGAAUUCACAUACAAGACAGAAGACCUCAACACACGCUCUAUCUCAGCCACAAAGCUUACGCUCUCCGACAUCAGAUUCUCGUCCUCGUUAGAUCAUGUGCAACUCACACUCAAGCGGAGUAAGACGGACCGCCACCACGAAGGAAUACAGAUUGUUCUCGCAAAAACAAGAGACGAAGCGUGCCCAGUAGACGCGCUUCAGAAGCUACUACUGCUCGACCCCAAAGGACCCGAUGCCCCGUUAUUCUCCUUCCACCGAAAACCCUUUCGGAAGGGUGCAUCUCAACAUGCGCAGGAUAGUGGGAUCAUCGACGACCAGAUCCAGGUGCUAGGGAGAUGGGACCUUGGAGGCAUUCAGGGUGUAUUUCACCACGAACGCGUCAGUUUAUACAAGCUCAAUCACCAGUUCCAGACAGGCUCGCCAGCUCCGCUAUCUCUACUGCUUCCUCCACCGUCCCCUCCACCAUCCUAG